AUGCAGCUCAGACAGACAGACAGACAUGAUGACAAGGUCGUGUAUGAGCAGAAGAGACCUGAUCGCAUGAGUGUACAAGACCUGCAGAUACCUGGUUACUCCCAGUCAGGCUGUUGUCAGGAGAGGCCUCUCGGUAGGACCUCUGAGAGACAGGCUGUCGCGGGUAGUUUUAGCCCUCCCUCCUCCAUCUCUAGGUCAGCCUCAGUCAAGGCCAGGUCGGUAGAGAUGCAGUCUGUUUGUUCACGGAAGAAGGCAGGCUGUGUGCGUCAGGAGAACGCUCGUCUGACCGUGCAAGAUGAGCAGCUCAUCAGUGACCUUGAUGCUAUGCAGUAUGAAUUGCACGCCAUCAACUCACAGGUUGACCCCAGGGGUCCCAGACUUGGUGUUAGAAACAAUGUGGCGGUCACGAGAGAGCAGAUUCGCCAGCUUCAAGCAGAGCUGGAGGCUCAAGCAGAUGAACUAAAGGCUGCACAGCUGAGGGCAGAGUGCAGCCAGGAAGCAGCAGCUCACAGUGACAUUGUGGUGACGACUCUCACUGAGGAACUGAGCGCGCUCAAAGAAGAGCUGGACACCAAGUCAGCACUGGGCAAACGGGCUGAGCAACAAAGGAACCAGGCUCUUCAAAAUGCAGAGAAACUCAAAGACGCCUUCAAAGAUUAUAAGGCUACCAUUUCCAUUAAACUUAACAGGGUGAUGGAGAGUGAGAGCAAGUUAAAAGAGAGUCUUAUUGAGUGUGACAGAGAAAAAGAGGAGUUGGAAAUGAAGUACACUGUGCUGCAGAGAGAAAAGGCUGAACAGAGCCAGACGAUCAGCCAGCUGAAGGAGGAGGCAAAGCAGGCCAUGUCUGCGGCUGCUGGCCUCAAAGCUCAUUUGGAACAGAGUGAACAAAAGGUCUUACAACUGGAACAGCAGCUUAAAGAACAGGGAGCAGAGUGCAGGGAGCUGGCCCUUCUGCGCAAGGAGCUGGAAGACCUGCGGAUUCUGGCCCAAAGUCAGGAGCAGAGGUUGGCCCAGAGCCACAGAGAGGCUCAGCAGAGCCAGGGGGAGCUGGCCAGCAUGGAGGCCAUACUGUCCCUGCUACAUCUACGAGAGGGUGCUGUGGGGCCACUGUGUGUCAGGCCCUGCAUGUUGCCCCCUGUGGACUACUCAGGAACUGCACACCUACGAAAGCCAAAACCAGGCGAAGGCUACCAGCAACUACUGCGUGUGCUGCAGUUAGUGGAGGCUGAGCGGACCAAACAAAGCAGUCUGGUUGAGCGGCUUCAGGAGCGUCUGAGCAGAGCCCAGGAGGAGAUCUCCUCCCUGCAGAGCUCCAUGGCCCAGAGAGCCUCUCACUACCAGAGCCUCCACACAGAGCUGCUGGACAAAGUCAGCCAAACCACAGAGACAGAGAAAGAGUUGAAAAGGAAAAGUGCACGUGUGGCAUCGCUGGAGAAACAGUUACAGGAGAAAACCUCAGCCUACAGUCAGGCUGCACUGACGAACACUGAGCUAGAGAAUCAGCUGCUGGAGAAAACUGGCGCCGUUCAGCAUUAUCAGUCAAUGAUUACAAAAAAGCAAAGAGAGUACCAGCAGUCUUUGGAGAAGUGUAAAAAGUCUCAGUCUCAACAAUUCACGGAACAACAGCACAGAAUAGAAAUGUUGCAGUUGUCUGUGGAGCAGGCUCAGUCUCGGGUGUUGGAGAUGGAGCAGGAGUUGAGUUCGCUCCAGAGGGAGCGGGACGAGGCUCAGAAAGAGGCUCUCCUGCUGCAGAGCUCUGUAGACCAACUCACACAGCAGAAGCAGGUUGAACUAAGACACAGUGAGGAGUUGUUGCAGAGUUUUAAGGAGCAGGCAGCUCAGUCUGCCAACAAGGUGUGUGAACUGCAGUCGUCUCUGUUAGCGUGCAGAGAGGAGCUGAACUUAUAUCUGCAGCAGAUGGAGGAGGUGAAGAAGAACUAUGAGAGUGAGCUGCAGAUGAAGAAUGACAAGGUGUCCUCUCUGCAGGAGAAGCUCCGUGGCGCCAGUCUGGCUUGUCAGAGCUCCAACGAGCAAAACCUGCAGCUGCAGCUUUCCCUCCAGCAGCAGCAGACCAUGCUGACUGAGGGCACUGCUCACAUCUCUGAGCUGGAGGAGAGUCAGAGUCAGCUGCAGACACAGGUGUCCGGUCUGGAGCAGCAGCUGGAGCGAGCCCGAGCCUCUCUGCAGGAUGAGAUCAGGAAUAGAGAGCAAGAUGCUCAGCAGAAAGACAAGGACCUGCAGGAGAUGAACCGGCAGAACACACGACUUUCUGAGUCUGUCAGCCAUCUAACAUCAGAGAUGACAAAGUGUCGAGGGGAGCUGAUGUCCAAAGAGUCAGAGCUGCAGCGUCUAAGGAGGGAUGUCACCGUCAAGACUUCUCAGAUCAGCCGCAUGGAGGAAAGCUUGCAGUACACAAAGAGCCAGCUCAACAGCAAGACCGACCAGGUGGUGGAUCUGGAGGAGAAACUCCAUCGCUGUGAGGCCGACAAGCACAAUUGUGAUCAGCGGGUCCAGGUCCUGGAGGGACAGCUUCAGCUGGUGCGGGAAGAGUUGGCUGACACUCUGGAGCAACUGCAGGAACUCAGGGAUGUUCUGCAAAGAACCCAAACAAUCUCAGAUGAGCGACAGGCCUCGGUGGAAAAACUGACUGUCCGGCUGAGUGAAACUCAAAGGGAAUUGGAGGAGAGAACUCAUGAGGUCUUAGACAUGGACAAUGCACUGAAGGAAAGACAGGGGGAGCUCCAACAGAGAGCAACUCUGCUGGGCCAGCUGGAAGUGGCCAUCAGAGAGCACAAGCAGGAGAUGGCGAGGAAGGUGGAGUCUCUGCAGCAGAGCCUGGAUGCCAGAGAGCGAGAGCUGAGAGACGCACAGAAGGAGCUCACGGACAGAAACGUGAAGGAUUCCCAGGAGCUUGGCAAGCAGCUGCGUUCAUCUCAGCAGAAACUUCAGACUUUGCUGCAAGACCUUGAAGAAACUCAGCGUCAGCGUGAAGCUUUGACCAGAGAGCUGGACGCCACCAAGAUGCAAGCCAAAGAGAAGGAGGUCCGGCUGUGUGGCGUGGAGGAGCAGCUGGCACUGAAGGAGGCAUGCUGGCUGCAGUUGGAGGCUGGGCUGCAGAGCACCGUUGCCUCCUUAGAGCAGGAGCUGGAGCUGGAGAGGGAACAGCACAGCAAGGAGCUAGAGUCCCUGCAGCAGACUCGGGGCCAGCUCCUCAAAGUCUCUGAGCAGAUCUCCUCCACUAUGCGCUCCUCCCAAGAGCAGCUCACCGUUAAACUUCAGCAGUGCCAGGCCCAACUCGAGCAGGCCAAGGCCCACUGCGAUCAGACCAAAACCCAGCUGGACCAGACUAAGACGGAGCUGGACUGCACUCAGAACCAGGUUGUUCACCUCCAAACACAGAGGGACCAGGCUCAGACCCUGCUCCUUGAGAGUAAAGCCCAGCUGGAGCAAAGCAGGAUUCUGUAUGAGCAGACCAAAGCCCAGAACAGUCACCUCCUUUUGCAGAUGGAGCAGCUCAGUGCCCAGUUAAAUCAAGCCAGAGUCCAGGCUUCCCGACUCCAGGCUCAGGUCCAGGCCUCUGAGAAGUCCAUGGAGACCUCCAACGAGUCUCUGCUCAUCAAGGAGUCUGAGGUGACCCGUCUCCAAGCCAGGAUCUCGAGUCUUGAGCGAGCUGCUGACCGCCAGAAUCUAUACAAUCACGCGCUCUCUCUCCCUGCUCUGCACCAACUCACACAUUCCCCUGAGCGACCCUCCUCCACUCACCCCCCUCCUGCAUCCCCCCAAAAUCUUCAGACAGCUGUCCCCUCUUCUAAGCACGCUCCCUUGACUGGUCUCGUAUCCCCAACACGCACACUAAGUUGUUCAUCCCCUCCUGCUCACACAUACCUUCAGCCACCCUCUGCCUCUCAUCUGUCUAACCAAACCGAGAGCCACCCGAUGUACGACUGGCUGCAGAGCAGCAGCAUUGAUUCUUCCUUGGCUCUCCCUCUGACCCUAAAGGCCACACUUAGGGAAGCCUUGAGCAAACAGGCUUGGGAGUCCACCUCCCCCUCCAUCUCCAUCUCCUCUUUCCCAGACACAGUGGACCACAGCUGGCAGGGCCUCAGUGCCAUGGAGACCACAGCCACCUCUGACCUCUCCUUCAACCCCCUUACUUACAUGGUGGACGAACAAGAUGACAGAAACCUCAGCAAGAAAGCUGCCGUGAUGCAGGAGGGAGACGAUGAGCAGACGAGUGACUCUCGGAGGGAGUCAGUGUGCACUCUGGUGGGUCAGGAGGAGGAGGUGGAUAUGAGUUCGCUCACAGGGAUGCUGAAGUUUGUUAACCAGACGUUAGCCAUGCAGGAGGAUCCUUCUUUGUGGAGCUCCGGGCUGUCUGAGACUACAUGCAGAUUCCCACUCCAGAGGAACAUUAAGGAGACAUGAAGCAGCGAUGCCAAGAAGAUCACAGAGAGGAGAAGAGUUGUUUGCCAUGGUGCCGUCCUCGUGUGCCGGUGUACGUGUAAUCAAGUCCUCCGUUCCUUCGCACGCCUCUAAGUCCGUUUGGUGUGUGUUAUUGAAAUCAAACUGAAACAUUGUCUUUCAGGAAAAAGAAAAAUGAUCAGUUUUAGAUCACCACCACCUUAAACCUGUAAGUGAUCCACUGUGUUUGUAGCAUGUAGCAUUUCAUGUUGUACCCUUUCUUAACUGAUAUUUAUAUUUAUAUUUUUUACACAAGUUUAAAUAAGCUAAGUGAAUAAAAGAUGUUUUUUUUAUAUAUAUUGUGA